UGUCUUCAGUAUGAAAUAGAGAAGGUUGUGCUUUAAACAUGAACCAGGAGCUGGAUUUUAUGUUUGUUAAAUAUGCACGGGUCUGGAUCCCGGAUGUAGAGGAAGUGUGGAAGUCAGCAGAGCUCACCAAGGACUACAGACAAGGAGAUGGAGUACUGCAGCUACAGCUGGAGGAUGGAAAGGAACUGGAGUAUAAAUUGGACCCCAAGACAAACAACUUACCACACCUCCGUAACCCUGAUAUCCUGGUGGGAGAAAAUGACCUGACAGCUCUCAGUUACCUUCACGAGCCCGCUGUGUUGCACAAUCUGAAAGUGCGCUUCAUUGAUUCCAAACUCAUCUACACAUACUGCGGUAUUGUUCUAGUCGCUAUUAACCCAUAUGAGACACUACCCAUCUAUGGAACUGACAUCAUUAACGCAUACAGUGGGCAGAAUAUGGGUGACAUGGACCCUCACAUCUUCGCAGUGGCAGAAGAAGCUUACAAACAGAUGGCCAGGGAUGAGAGGAAUCAGUCCAUCAUUGUGAGCGGAGAAUCCGGAGCAGGGAAAACUGUCUCAGCCAAAUACGCCAUGCGUUACUUUGCUACGGUCAGUGGCUCUGCCAGCGAAGCCAAUGUGGAAGAAAAAGUUCUGGCAUCCAACCCCAUCAUGGAGUCCAUCGGUAAUGCCAAGACCACCAGGAAUGACAAUAGCAGUCGUUUUGGGAAAUAUAUUGAGAUUGGCUUUGAUAAGAAGUAUCGCAUCAUUGGAGCGAACAUGAGGACAUAUCUCUUGGAGAAAUCACGUGUCGUAUUUCAGGCGGAUGAGGAGAGGAAUUAUCAUAUCUUCUAUCAGCUCUGUGCAUCUGCUCACCUCCCGGAGUUCAAAGCCCUGAAACUCGGAAAGGCUGAUGAUUUUCACUACACCAAACAGGGCAGGAACCCAGUGAUAGAUGGAGUAGAUGAUGCCAAGGAGAUGUCGACCACCAGAAACGCCUUCACACUGCUAGGUGUAAAUGAGUCCUAUCAGCUGGGCUUGUUUCAGAUUCUGGCUUCAAUUUUGCACCUGGGGAAUGUGGAAGUGAAGGAUAGAGACUCGGACAGCAGUAUUAUUCCACCAAAUAAUGGUCACCUGAGUGUGUUUUGUGAAUUGAUGGGAGUGACAUAUCAAGACAUGUCUCAUUGGCUGUGUCAUAAGAAGCUGAAGACGGCAACUGAGACGUACAUUAAGCCCAUUCCCAAACUACAGGCCAUAAAUGCCCGCGAUGCUCUCGCUAAACACAUCUAUGCCAAACUCUUCAACUGGAUCGUGGACCAUGUGAAUAAAGCACUGCAUUCUACGGUCAAACAGCACUCGUUCAUUGGAGUCCUAGACAUUUACGGGUUUGAGACUUUUGAAAUCAACAGUUUUGAACAGUUCUGUAUUAAUUAUGCCAAUGAGAAACUACAGCAACAGUUCAACAUGCAUGUGUUUAAGUUGGAGCAGGAGGAGUAUAUGAAAGAGCAGAUCCCCUGGACUCUCAUUGAUUUCUAUGAUAAUCAGCCAUGUAUCAACCUCAUCGAGGCCAAGAUGGGCAUCCUGGACCUGCUGGAUGAAGAGUGCAAGAUGCCGAAGGGCUCUGAUGACUCCUGGGCUCAGAAACUGUAUAACACUCAUUUGAAGACGUGUGCACUUUUUGAAAAACCACGGAUGUCCAAUAAAGCUUUCAUUAUUCAGCACUUUGCAGAUAAGGUGGAGUAUCAGUGUGAUGGUUUUCUGGAGAAGAAUAAAGACACAGUGAAUGAGGAGCAGAUACAUGUUCUGAAGGCCAGUAAGAAGUUUGACCUGCUGGUGGAGCUGUUCCAGGAUGAGGAGAAAGCCACAAGUCCGACCGGUGCUGCUCUUGCUACUGGAGGACGCACUCGCCUCAGCGUCAAACCAGGCAAGAACAAAGCCGGCCAAGCCAGCAAAGAACACAAGAAGACAGUCGGACUGCAGUUCCGUAACUCUCUGCAGCUGCUGAUGGAGACACUGAAUGCGACUACACCACAUUACGUUCGCUGCAUAAAACCCAACGAUUACAAAUAUGCCUUCACGUUUGACCCCAAGAGGGCAGUGCAGCAACUGCGUGCAUGUGGUGUUUUGGAAACAAUCCGGAUUUCUGCAGCUGGUUUCCCAUCUAGGUGGACGUAUCAGGAGUUCUUUAGCAGGUAUCGUGUCCUGAUGAAACAAAAAGAUGUUUUGACAGACAAGAAGAUGACCUGUAAGAAUGUUCUGGAGAAACUGGUGCAGGAUCCAGAUAAGUACCAGUUUGGCAAGACCAAGAUCUUUUUUCGCGCAGGGCAGGUUGCGUAUCUGGAGAAACUGCGUGCAGAUAAGCUGCGUGCUGCCUGCAUCCGCAUCCAGAAGACCAUCCGCUGCUGGCUGGCACGCAAGAAGUACCUGCGCAUGAAACAUGCUGCCACAACCAUCCAGAGAUACGUCCGUGGAUACCAGGCCCGCUGUCUUGCAAAAUUCCUGCGUCGCACACGUGCUGCGAUCAUCAUUCAGAAGUACCAGCGCAUGUAUGUCCAGAGAACAUGUUACAAACGCAAGCAGGCUGCCGCUCUGGUCAUGCAGUGCAUCCUCAGGGCGUACAUGGCCAGACAGCUGUACAAAGCGCUUCUGCGUGAGCACAAGGCCAUCAUCAUUCAGAAGAUGGUCCGAGGCUGGUUGGCGCGGCAGUGGUACAAGCGGACGCUCGAAGCCAUCGUUUACCUGCAGUGCUGCAUCCGCCGCAUGCGAGCCAAGCGAGAACUCAAGAAGCUCAAGAUCGAAGCACGUUCGGUGGAACACUUCAAGAAACUUAACAUCGGCAUGGAGAACAAGAUCAUGCAACUGCAGCGCAGGAUAGACGACCAGAACAAGGAGAACCGUGUUAUCAGCGAGCGUUUGAACAGUCUAGAGGUCAGCCAUGCUGCAGAGUCUGAGCGUCUGCGUGUAGAAUUGACGCGUCUGCGAGGGGCAGAAGAGGACGCCAAAAACAAUGCCAACAAAGUUACAUCUCUUCUGGAAGAGCUGGAGCGACUGCGCAAAGACCUGCAGAACACACGGAAGGAGAAGAAAGCAAUCGAGGACUGGGCACAAACCUACCAGGACGAGAUGGAAAAGAUGAUCUCAGAACUAAAGGAGCAAAACCACCUGCUGAAGAACGAGAAAAACGACCUGAACCGACUGAUCAAAGAACAGAGCCAGCAGUGGACAGAGAAAAUGCAGAGGGCUCUGAAGGAGGAAACCCAGCAGUUAGAAAACGAUUUAAACGAGGAACGUUCUCGCUACCAGAACCUUCUUACCGAACACCUCCGACUAGAGGAGAAAUACGACGAUUUGAAAGAGGAGAUCACACUUGCUGUAAAUGUUCCAAAACCUGGUCACAGACGCAAAGACUCCACACACAGCAGCAACGAAUCAGAAUAUACCUACAAUUCAGAGUUUGCCGAGUCCGAGGAAGGGACCCGCGGAGGGGAGGAUGUUUCCAAGGCGAUACUGGAUAUGUCCUUGUUCCUAAAGCUGCAGAAGAGAGUUUCCGAGCUAGAGCAAGAAAAACAGUCACUACAGAACGAACUCGAUCGGAGAGAAGAGCAGUUUCAGCGGGCUAGAGCUAGGGACGAUGAGGAACAUAAGAAAGCUCGUAGUGCUGAGCUGGAAUAUGAAUCUCUCAAGCGUCAGGAGUUGGAGUCAGAGAACAAGAAGCUCAAACAUGAUUUGAAUGAGAUGCGUCAGUCUCUGAGAGGCAGCGCUGAGGCCGGUUCUGCCGCUCCGGGUUCUCCUGCGUACACGGUCCUGCUGGAUCAGCUGAAUGCCUCCAACGAGGAGCUGGAGGUGCGGAAGGAGGAGGUGCUCAUCCUGCGCUCUCAACUCGUCAGUCAGAAAGAGGCCAUGCAACACAAGGAUGAGAAGGCGACCAUGACUGAGCCUUUGCCGUACAUUGAGGAUGUGCAGAAGCUGACUGAUGCCAAGGAGAUCUCCCAGGCCUACAUGGGCCUUAAAGAGACCAACAGAUCACCCAGGUUUACACGCAGACCGACUGAAGUGAACGAGCUUGUGAGCAGGUUGAGAUCCCCAUUCCCUGACUACCAUAAGCUGAAUGAGGAUGGAGAACUGUGGCUGGUUUAUGAAGGGUUAAAGGAAACUAACAGGUUGUUGGAGUCUCAGUUGCAGGCUCAGCGGCGGUCUCAUGAGAACGAGGUGGAGGUUUUGCGUGGAGAAUUGCAGAGUGUUAAAGAGGAGAAUAACCGCCAGCAGCAGCUGUUAGCUCAGAACCUGCAGCUUCCUCCAGAGGCCCGAAUCGAGGCCAGUCUACAGCACGAGAUCACGCGCCUCACCAACGAGAACCUGGAUCUUAUGGAGCAACUGGAGAAACAGGACAAGACCGUCCGCAAACUGAAGAAGCAGCUCAAAGUCUUCGCAAAGAAGAUCAAUGACCUGGAAGGUGGCCAGAUGGAUGUGUCUCCAGGACAGACGGCCGACGAGCCUGUUCAUCCAGUGAACAUUCCACGCAGGGAGAAAGAUUUCCAGGGAAUGCUGGAAUACAAGAAAGAGGAUGAACUCAAACUGGUCAAAAACCUCAUACUUGAGCUAAAGCCUCGUGGAGUGGCAGUGAAUCUGAUACCAGGUCUGCCGGCAUACAUCCUCUUCAUGUGUCUGCGUCAUGCCGACUACAUUAAUGAUGACCAGAAAGUCCGAUCUCUACUUACCUCCGCCAUCAACAGCAUCAAGAAGAUCCUCAAGAAAAGAGGUGAUGACUUUGAGACUGUUUCCUUCUGGUUGUCCAAUACAUGUCGUUUCCUGCACUGCCUGAAACAGUACAGUGGUGAUGAGCAAUUCAUGAAGCAUAACACUCCUAAACAGAACGAUCACUGUCUCUCCAACUUUGACCUGGCCGAGUACCGGCAGGUUCUGAGUGAUCUGGCCAUUCAGAUCUACCAGCAGCUCAUCAAGUGUAUGGAGAACAUCUUGCAGCCCAUGAUCGUCUCUGGCAUGCUGGAGCAUGAAACCAUCCAGGGUGUGUCCGGGGUGAAGCCCACGGGUCUCCGUAAGAGGACGUCCAGUAUCGCUGAUGAGGGGACAUACACGUUGGACUCCAUCAUCCGGCAGCUCAACUCCUUCCACUCCAUCAUGUGUCAGCACGGAACCGACCCAGAGCUCAUCAAACAGGUGGUCAAGCAGCAGUUCUACGUCAUCGGCGCCGUGACCCUCAACAACCUGCUGCUGCGUAAAGACAUGUGCUCCUGGAGCAAGGGCAUGCAGAUCAGGUAUAACGUGAGUCAGCUGGAGGAGUGGCUGAGAGAUAAGAACCUCAUGACAUGCGGUGCGAAAGAGACGCUGGAGCCGUUGAUUCAGGCCGCACAACUACUGCAGGUCAAGAAGAAGACGGAUGAGGAUGCUGAGGCCAUCUGCUCCAUGUGUAACAGCCUCUCUACAGCACAGAUUGUGAAGGUGCUGAACUUGUAUACACCUGUCAACGCGUUUGAAGAGCGUGUGUCAGUACUGUUCAUAAGAACAAUACAGACACGUUUACGGGAUCGAAAGGAGUCGCCUCAGCUGCUGAUGGACACCAAACUCAUCUACCCCGUGACCUUCCCCUUUAACCCCUCCUCCCUGGCCCUGGAAACUAUUCAGAUACCCGGCAGCCUCAAUGUGGGCUUCCUCACUCGUGUGUAGACCUGUCAAUCACCUCACCUCAACCAAUCACACGGCAGGAACAGGGAGCCAAAAUAUAUAAAUAAA